AUGUCUUCUUCAACAAAACUGCGGUCCAUCUAUCGAUCAUUCCUCCGUGAACUGCCGCCACGUCCUCUGGCCGAAAGAGCCCAGUCGCCUCUACAAGCACGACUUCGCACCUCCCUCACCUCCGCCGAGUCUGCCACACCCGUUGAGCACGCUGAACAAUUCCUCCAGUAUGUCAAGGCACAGAGAAUGUACGCCACGCUAUUGGAAAGAUACAAUCCGGGCAUGAAUAUGGAGGAGGAGGAGAGGAUUAGGCUCACGGCUAGAAGAGUUGGCAUGAAUUUGCCCGAGGAGUUCACAUCGCUGGAUCCCAGUGAGGGAAGUGGAAACGGAAAGAGUUCGUGA